AAGAGCACUUCCGGUUUCCUCUCGGCUCCCGCCCCGCUCCGCCAUCAUGAAGUCCUGAACAAAAAAACGGAUGAGAGCCGAGUAAAAAUGGGGAUAAAACGGAGCGGAGAGGCAGCUCACCGACAGCGUUAGCUAAAAUGUCACUGCGAAUCGGAGUAGGGAGCGGAGUGGCGGGUUUUAAUGAGCCGGUCUCCCGCUGAACGACGUCCUCUAUCAGCUCCGGCCGUUGACGUUAUUCGGUUAGCCGCUGUGCUAACAGCAGCACCGGAGCCUUGGCCCUGAUUUUUCUCCCCAUUUUCUCCGGCAGGGCAGCUGCGCUCGUGGGUUAGCUGGCAGUCAGCUGGCUCCACUCAUGUCAAGUAGCAGAAAGCUGCUGGGAGCACCGGGAUGGCCGGGGGUUUAGCUACAACCGCGACGGGCAGACGGAAUGUGGGCUGUUCGUGUUGAAUAGUCACCAGAGCCGAGGAGGAGAAGGGAGGACAGGGGAGGGAGAAACCAAGAUUUUCCUGCCAGGCCAGUCAGCUAGCUCCAGGGCUAGCUACAGUGGAUCCCAACAAUCACGGCGCUGGCCAUGCCGUUGAGUGUGCGGGCCGGGAGCCUGAAGGACCCGGAGGUGGCGGAGCUGUUCUGCAGGGAGGACCCCGAGAAGCUCUUCACCGACCUCAGGGAGAUCGGCCAUGGGAGCUUUGGCGCCGUCUACUUUGCCCACGACAUCCGCACCAAUGAGGUGGUGGCGAUCAAGAAGAUGUCCUACAGCGGCAAACAGUCCAAUGAGAAAUGGCAGGACAUCAUCAAGGAAGUGAAGUUUCUCCAGAAGCUGCGCCACCCGAACACGGUGGAGUACCGAGGCUGCUACCUGAGAGAGCACACCGCCUGGCUGGUGAUGGAGUACUGUUUGGGUUCCGCCUCCGACCUGCUAGAAGUCCACAAGAAACCCCUCCAAGAGGUGGAAAUAGCUGCCAUUACCCACGGUGCUUUGCAGGGACUGGUCUACCUUCACUCUCACAACAUGAUUCACAGGGAUGUGAAAGCAGGAAACAUCUUGCUAACAGAACCGGGUCAGGUCAAACUGGGAGACUUCGGCUCUGCUUCUAUUGUUGCUCCGGCCAACUCCUUCGUGGGAACACCUUACUGGAUGGCUCCUGAGGUGAUCCUCGCCAUGGACGAGGGACAGUACGACGGGAAGGUGGAUGUGUGGUCACUUGGCAUUACCUGCAUAGAGCUGGCGGAGAGGAAGCCGCCGCUGUUCAACAUGAAUGCUAUGAGUGCCUUAUACCACAUCGCCCAGAAUGAGAGCCCCAUGCUGCAGUCGAAUCACUGGUCGGAUUAUUUCCGCAAUUUUGUGGAGUCCUGUUUGCAAAAGCUGGCCCAGGACAGACCUACCUCUGACGUGCUGCUGAAGCACCAUUUCCUAUGCAGGGAGCGCCCCAUGACGGUGGUGAUGGAUCUGAUCGCUCGAACCAAGGACGCCGUCCGCGAGCUCGACAACCUGCAGUACCGCAAGAUGAAGAAAAUCCUGUUUCACGAGGCCCACAACGGUCCGGCACCGGAAGGAGGGGAUGAGGAAGAGGAUGUGGAAGGGUACAUGCUGCGCACCGGCACAGUGAACAGCAUGGAGAGCUCCCACUCCCUGCCGUCCAUGUCGAUCAGCGCCAGCUCCCAGAGCAGCUCCGUCAACAGCCUGGCCGACGGCUCGGACGACAGCGGCGAGAUGGCCAUGAUGCAGGAGGGCGAGCACACCGUCACCUCCAACAGCUCCGUCCUGCACAAACCUCUGAGCCACGACAACAUCUACGAUGAUCCCUAUCAGCCAGAGGUCGACUCUCAACGAGAAGCUUCAUCUGGCGGCGGCGGGGGAGGAGGGGAAGGCGGUGGCAGACGUCGACGGCGAGACCACUUUGCCACCAUCAGGACCGCCUCGCUGGUGACCCGUCAGAUCCAGGAACAUGAGCAGGGCUCGGCUCUUAGGGAGCAGAUGUCUGGGUACAAACGGAUGCGGCGACAGCAUCAGAAGCAGCUGAUGGGUCUGGAGAACAAGCUGAAAUCAGAGAUGGACGAGCACCAAUUGAGGCUUGAUAAGGAGCUGGAGAACCAGAGGAACAAUUUCUCCAUGGAGCUGGAAAAACUGUCGAAGAAGCACCAGGCUGUCCUGGAGAAGGAGACGAAGGCGGUCCUGACAGAGGAGAAGAAGUUCCAGCAGCACAUUCUGGGUCAGCAGAAGAAGGAGCUGACCAGCCUGCUGGAUUCCCAGAAGCGACAGUACCGACAGCGCAAAGAGCAACUGAAAGAGGAACUGAACGAGAACCAGUCGACGCCGAAGCGAGAGAAGCAGGAAUGGCUGGUGCACCAGAAGGAGUGCAUGCAGCAGCUGCAGGCGGAGGAAGAAGCCGGCCUGCUGCGGAGGCAGCGGCAGUAUUAUGAGCUGCAGAGCCGCCAGUACAAGAGGAAGAUGCUGCUCGGACGCCACAACCUGGAGCAGGAUCUGCUCAGAGAGGACCUGAACAAGAAGCAGACCCUGAAGGACCUGGAGUGCGCCAUGCUGCUGCGGCACCACGAGUCGACGCAGGAGCUGGAGUUCCGGCAGCUGGGCGUGGUGCAGCGGACGCGCGCCGACCUGAUCCGCACGCAGCACCAGACCGAGCUCACCAACCAGAUGGAGUACAACAAGCGGCGCGAGCAGGAGCUGCGGCAGAAACACGCCGUGGAGGUCCGCCAGCAGCCCAAAAGCCUCAAAUCCAAAGAGCUCCAGAUAAAGCGCCAGUUCCAGGACACCUGUAAGAUCCAGACCCGGCAGUACAAGGCCCUGCGGAACCACCUGCUGGAGAACACGCCCAAGUCGGAGCACAAGGCGGUUCUGAAGCGGCUGAAGGACGAGCAGACCCGGAAGCUGGCCAUCCUGGCCGAGCAGUACGACCACUCCAUCAACGACAUGCUGUCCACUCAGGCUUUGCGGUUGGACGAGACCCAGGAGGCGGAGUACAAGGUACUGCGGAUGCAGCUGCAGCAGGAGCUGGAGCUGCUCAACGCCUAUCAGAGCAAAAUCAAGAUCCACACCGACACGCAGCACGAGAGGGAGGUGAAGGACCUGGAGCAGAGGGUGUCCAUCCGCCGCGCCCUGCUGGAGCAGAGGAUCGAGGAGGAGAUGUUGUCCCUGCAGAACGAGCGCUCUGAACGCAUCCGCACCUUGUUGGAGCGGCAGGCCAGCGAGAUCGAGGCCUUCGACUCGGAGAGCCUCCGCCUGGGCUUCAGCAACAUGGCGCUGACCGGCGUGCCCGGCGACGCCUACGCCAAGCAGGGCUACUCCAACGCCCAGCCGUCCGGCUCCCGCUCCGCCGGGCACUGGAGCCACGGCGUGCACCAGCAGAACAUGUCGUCGCAGCAGCUGUCCCGCCGCAGCCACAACAGCAGCAGCAGCAGCGGCAUCGGCAGCGGCGCCAGCGACCGGAGGAGCGAGUCGUCCUCCUCUUCCUCCCACGGUUUGGGGAUGGUUCUGGGGCACGGGCGGGACGGCAGGGACAUGCACCACUCAUCCCGCUCCUCUGCCUCCUCUUCCUCCUCCUCCUCCUCGUCUUCCUCCCACCACCAGCGCCACCACCUGCCGCAGCACUACCACCACCAGAGCACGCCGCAGCUCUACCGGGAGCGGGAGAGAGAGCGGGAGAGGGAGCGGGAGUGGGCCGGAGUGCGAGGCUCCGGCGGUGACCUGGCCCACCCACACCCCCUGCCCUUCUCCCAUCAGCUACCCUCUCGCUCCUCCUCCCAGUCCCUGGCCAUGCUUCCUCCUCCUCCACCGGCUCCACCCUCCAUCUCCGGCCCUUCAUCCUCCUCGUCUUCCUCCUCCUCAUCGCAAGGCGGGAUAUACGGAGGCGGAGGGCUGGCGGUUCGCGGUACACCCAACCUGAUGGCCCUGAGGAACAGCCCCCAGCCGCUGAGGAGGACGGCGUCCGGCGGCGGGCCUGGAGGCGCCGGCGGCAGCGACGGCGUCCUGAGCCGAAGCACCUCGGUCACUUCGCACAUCUCCAACGGCUCCCACCUCUCCUACUCUUAGGAGCCUUCAGAGGCGCGGCAGCAAUGAAGGUGAAGAUUUCAACUCCUGGAACCGUUGAGAUGCAGAACUUUGUGCACAAAAAGUCCCAGCGGUCAUGAGGAAGGGGCGAACCGGGGUUACCGAGCUGCAUCCUGCCUCUUUAGACUCAGGGUGGGCAGAGAGGGUUUCUCCCAUUCUCACGGAUAUAACAAGGGGAGGAAUGUAACCACCUGUGUCACCACUGGAUGACGGUGGUGCUAGACGAUUCUGUUCAGCGUUUUUAUCUCUGUUACUGUAUGAAAAUGUAAGGCAGGACGAGUGACCGGGGGAACGUUUGGCCUUUGUUUCCUCCUGCGGCUGCAGAGACAGCGGCCGUGUCUCAGGGUUCCUACACAGCCUGCAAAUUAUUUUUAUGGAGAUUAGCGAUGGAAAGUUUUGGGAACAUAUGAAGAAAUAAGAGAAUAUGGAAAGAUAUUUGUAUUUAUUCCAUAUCCCAUUAUUGAAUCAAGGUUGCAUCAUACAAUCAUCUUCCAUUUCUUUCAUUUGUUUUCAUCCGUUCUUUCAACCAUUUGUUUUCCUUUCUUCCUUUUGUUCUUCUUUCCUCUGUUCAUUCGUUUUCCAUCCUUCCUUCCAUCUUUUUUUUUUCUUCCUUUUGUUUCCCUUCCUUCUAUUGGUCUUUCAUCCUUCUUUCCAUUAUUCCUUCCAUUUCUUUUCCAUUCUUCUUUCCAUUAUUCCUUCCUUCUUCUGUUCAUUCAUUUCCCUUCUUUCCAUUUUUGUCCAUCCUUCCUUCUUUUGUUAAUUUUUCUUCCUUCCAUUACUCCUUCCUUCCCUUCUUCAUUUAAUAGUUUUUCUUCUUGCUUUCCUUCCUUCUUCUAAAUUCCUUGCUUUCGUUUAUUAAUUUCUGUUUGUACUUUUAAAACGGGUCAAACCGGACCGAGGACUCUAGAACCUGCGUUGGGUUUAAGCUUGAAGCUGUGUAGAAACCCUGCCGUCUUCUUCUAUGAUGUUCUGCUCUGGAAUGGAGAAAGAAAGAAGACACGGGAGGGAAAAAAGGAAGAUGUUUUUGUUUUGUGUCCAGAGGCUGAAACAAAAGUCAAAGAUGAAAUUCAGAAAACAUUUUUGAACUGCUGUUAUUUAUUUAUUUUUUUUAAACUCUGUAAAAACACAAAAACAAUUUGCUUGGAACGUCACCAAUGCCUUCAAGGGGUUCUUAAAGGGAUGUUGUGCCAUCCACUUUUUAUUGUUGUUAUUAUUAUUAUUAAUAUAAAUUUAUUUCAUGACUGAACUGAAAACACAGAAUGUUUGUAAAAAGACUCUUCCGUGGACGAGGAACUUGUAUAAAACAAAGCUUUCUGACAUCGAUGACAUACUGAAUAUCUCGAUAUAAGUGUCACUCCAGUGCAUGACAUAGAUGUACAUAAAAUAGAAAAAAAAUGAACAAACACAUUGAACAGUACUGUAUCCGUCCCAGUUUACUGCAUUUAGAAUCACUUGUCUCAGUUUUUUUUUUUUUUUUAACCUUUUACUGUAGAUAUUUAUGGGAAUAUUAAGAACAGAAAUCAUUUGGUUUUAUAGCUGAACAAAGACAAUGAUAGUAAUUUUUUUAUAUACUCCAAAGUUGAACUCCAGCUGCAUUUUUUUUCUAUAGGUGUCGAUAUUACCAUAACUAAUCCUGGUGUAAUCGUUGUCGUGAUCAUGUUCACGUUUUUUCUUGCGAGAAGCAAAAAGGGGGCCCACUGUUUACUGUAAAAACAUAGAACUAUAACAAUAGCUGAUGAAUCUGUUGCAUUGUCAGGUGUGGUGUGUCUAAGAAAUCAAUGACUAUUAAUAAGGAGAUCGUUAAUAACUGUUAAUGAUUUAUGUACGUGUGUCGAGCGGUAAAGUCUAGUUAUAAUGCCACUUUCUUUUUAUAAAAAAAUAAGACUAACGACUAUUUAAGAUAAAAGGACACUCCAAGCAAGCCACCCCGCCUGACCUCUGACCCCCUUCCUUUGGACUCUCUUUGGAGAAAAACGACAAUAAAAAAAAAAAAAAAACUAUAUAUACAUAGGCCACUGGAAUGUAAACACCGGUUUACUUUUCGUUUUGGUUUAUUUGUGUUUUGCGAGGAUCAAACUGCCGAAGGAUGCAGCAUGCAGGCAGUGGACAGAAAGACGGAGGGAUGACGGGACGGGCCCCCGACUGAGCUGCUGUGGCCCCCAGGAGCCCUUCACAGCAGCCCGUCUGAAGCAAUCAGUGUUCACGCAAAGGGUUUUAUUUACUACUGUGGGCAUGAUGCUCUUUUUUUUCUGGUUUGAAAAGAAGAAGAAGGAGGAGGAGGAAGAUAAUCACCCUGCAGUUUGUAAGACUCAGCAACACCAGCUCAAGACAACGCCCCUCUGUGUAACACUAAUACUUUAUGCUCGGUUGGAAUCUCAGUGCAUGCAUAAACUCCUUGUGAAAACGAAGACUCUGCGGGCUUUGGGACGGCGUGGACGUUGGUGUGGUUGCUUGUUAGCCUCCAGCUUCGGAAAAGGACAACGCGGGCUCAUGGAGUCGAGGUUAUUUUGGGGGCGUUGGGGGUUUUAUUGGGUGGGGAAGGGCUGAGAUUAAUCACUGGACAUAAGCUUGAGGAGGGAACACAAGAUGGGUUGAUGUGUGUUGUUGGAAAUGGGAAACAAGGGGUGGAUUUAAAAAAUGAUUUAAAAAAAAAGACAAUAAAUUGAUAUUAACACA